AUGACGGGGAAGCAUGCGGGCAACCCAGUGUAUAAAACUCAUAAACGUGUAGGCAGAGGCUCAGCUACCACUUUGGACUCUGCUUCCUCCCAGCAAAGACCACGACUCAGAGCCGAGCCUGAGCCCACGGAGAAACAUGAGGAGCCUCUUGCUGCUGACCACACUCCUCGUACCUGUGCACCUGGCUGUGGCUUGGAGUGUCAAGUAUGCCGUGGAUUGUCCAGAACAUUGUGACAGUAGUGAGUGCAGAAGCAAUUUGCACUGCAAGAAGACGGUGCUGGACGAUUGCGGCUGCUGCCAGGUGUGCGCUGCAGGGCUGGGAGAAACCUGCUACCGCACGGUCUCAGGCAUGGAUGGCGUGAAGUGUGGCCCGGGGCUGAGGUGUCAGUUUUACAGUGAGGAGGAUGAUUUUGGUGACGAGUUUGGUAUCUGCAAAGACUGUCCCUACGGCACCUUCGGGAUGGAAUGCAAAGAGACCUGCAACUGCCAGUCAGGCAUAUGUGACCGGGUGACCGGCAAAUGUCUGAAAUUUUCCUUCUUCCCAUAUUCAGCAACCAAGUCUUCCCGGAGAUUUGUUUCAAACACAGAGCUUGACUUGGCAUCUGGAGAUGGCAAUGCUGUCAGAGAAGAAACUGUGAAAGAGAAAGCUGCUCAGUCUCCUGUAAUGAAAUGGUUGAAUCCACGCUGAUCCUGGGUGGGAUUUCCAAGAAAAGGCUCUCUUUCAAUGAUUGUUCACCACUCAGUCAACAUUUAAAAAAUAGUCUAGAUAUACCAUGUGGAUACGUGAUUUUUGGAGGUCAAGUAUGAUUCCAGGUAGAUCCAGAGAAAAAGAGUAGGCUACUUACAAUCCAUAAAAUGCAUACAAUUGAACACAUUUAGAUACUUGUUAAAUAUUUGAAUGCAUAUAGAUUUGUUAAAUGUGUGUGUGUAUAGUAUCAACGAAAAACUGAAAAAUGCAAUUUCAAUAAUCUUAUAUGGAGUCAGGUCAAAGAGAAAGGUAGUCAAAGUUGAAGACCACAGUGGCCCCAUGGGGUUAUAUGACUUGGAUGUAUAUUAAUAUUAGGAUACGGAAAGGAAGAAUGGUUAGGAGCAAGAGA